UAAGUCUGGUACAUCUUGCACUGACCAGCACACAGUUUGACAGGUUUCGGAAUAUGUAUCCUGGUCAGUCAGUCUAUACCAUGAGCCAAAAAUUCUCCUGUGAUGAAUGUGAUGAAGCAUUUCCUUUGUAUGACCUGUUGAAAGCCCACAUCCGCACAACUCAUUCAUUGGCUUCACAACAGCAACGUAGUUAUUGCUGCGCAAUCUGCAACAAAGCUUUCACACAGAGAACAAACCUGCGUACACAUGAAAGAGUGCACUCUGGUGAAAGACCCUACAAAUGUGCGAUGUGUUCCAAGGCAUUUUACCAACGUACCAAUCUACGAAAUCACAUACGAACUCACACAAACGAGCGACCUUAUACUUGCACUGUAUGUGGGCGUGCCUUCACUCAGCGAGGUAACUUGUACCUCCAUGAAAGAAUUCAUUCUGGUAUUCGUCCAUUUCAGUGCAAUAUCUGUGAGCGAGCAUUCUCGCAGAAGGGUAACCUUAAAAGCCACCUGCGCACACAUGAGCGCAAGAAGGAUGCAGGAAAACACUUUUCUAAAGUUGAGGGGAAUAACAUUACUGCAUUUGUGUGUGGCCAGUGUGGAAAAGCAUUCCAGCGCCAGUCCUUGCUUAAGUGUCAUGAAAAAACACACCAACUUGAACAGCAAUCACUGAAACAGAAAGGACGUGAGGAUAAGGAAGAAGACACGGCAUUGAGUAACUACAAACAAAGUGGUAUAUCUCAAGCUGUCUUUCCUGACACAUCUUCACCCUUGCUCCUGAGAAUCACCACAAAAUGAACCUUUCCAACAACAGUCUAAUAAAUCUUCAUUCUCUCUCUCAUAUACACCCUUUCCCUUCUCUCUCUCUCUCUCUCUCUCUCUCUCCAUCCUUUGUCACUUUCAUGCAGUCUCUUUCUUGCCCCCCCCUCUUUCUUUCAUAGACCCUAUUUCCCUGCUCCUCAUACUCACUCUCUAUUUCCUCUUAAUUCAUUACUUCUCUCAUUUUCUCUGUUCUUUUUCAAUCACCAUCAUGUAUACACUCUGUAUUACAUCUUCACUAUCAUACGCUAUAUAUAUCUUACAACAGUUACAAUAUUACACAUACAUCAUGCAGCACCUUGUCAUUACAUCUGCACAUUUCUUCGCUAUUAACUGAGGUUAAAGUGGUGGACCACUGACUACAUAGGCAUGUAGUCAUGCCUAUGACUACAUGUUUGUUCAAACCUUACUACUACUACUACGAUUACAAUCAAUCAGUGUGUUAUCUCUCUAAGCAAAAUAUACAACCUGAUUUCUCCAGUUUACCUGUCUAACUGAAAUGAUUUUACUUCACUUAGGAGGUCUAUUUUAGAGUUAUUACCCCUGCCUGUCUUGGUAAGAUUUAAGCCACGAAUUUCUGUUUAUGUCUCUUCGCUGUAGAGAGAGAGAGAGAGAGAGAGUCUUGAUCUUUUUUUUUUUUACAUGGUGUUAGCAUUAUUUAGACAGCUCCCACUCAUACUUCAUGGGAGGGUGUCUAAAAGUAGGAAUGGAUAUUCAUUUGCAAAAACAAUCAUUCACACUAACAAUGAGAAAUAUACUUCAUAAAACUAGUCAAUAAGGGAGCUUCUAUGAGGUCGAUUGAUUUUCCGAAAACAGCAGCCAGAUCUCUCUCAGAUCACAUAAUAAAUAUACAACAUAUGUAACUAGUCACUGAGAGAACCUCUACAAGGUUAUUCACCAUGCUAGGAAUAGUGGUCACUUAUCCUCAAAUUUCACGACAAAUAUGCAAUAUAUAUAACUAAUCAAUAAGGGAAUUCUACACAGUCAUUCAACCUACAGAAAUAGCAAUCAAAUUUGCCUUAAAUUACACCCUACCACUCUGAAAAGGGAAGAACACAUUAUAUAAUGUAGUCCUAUAUUUUGCAAUGCCUGCAAAAAGAUUGGAUGGUCAUGACUGGAAUACUCUGAUGUGUGUGUGUAUUAUGAAAAUAAAAAAGACACCUCAGGAGAGACAAACUUUAUCAAAUGUAUUAGCUUAUGUGUGUGUGUGUAUGAACAUGUGCAGGCUAGUGGUGAGGGUGUUACACUAAUGGUUGCGAGAUUGUGAUUUCAGUUCCCAGAUUGGUAGUGCAUUUUGUUCUUGGAGGAAAACACUUUAUUUCAUGUUGGUUCAGUCCAUUCAGAUGUAAAUGGGUAACCCUAUGAUGGUCUGUCAUUCCAUUUGCGGGUGAAUGAUAACCUGCCCACCUAGCCAGCAGGGUGACACCAUUCUAAAGCUAUAACAAUGUGAAGAAGCACAUUGUGACCAGCAGUGUAUAACAACAUCUAAUAGUCUUGUCUGUUCCAUACAAUAAUAUAUAUGUAUACAUGUAUAUGUAUGUAUAUAUAUGUAUAUAUAUAUAUGUGUGUGUGUGUGUCUAUGUAUCUAUAUCUAUAUAUGUAUGUAUCUAUAUGUAUGUG